UCAAAAGAAACGAGCUGGCUGCGUCCAUGAGUCGCUGCUCACUUUAGGCCACACUGACUUGCGCGUCUAUUUUGGUAGAUUCUCAGCUCGCUAUCAGGAGCUUGCCGCACCAAGUGCAUUUGAACAUGGAACAGAAGGCCUAACUCACUUGGGCUGAGAUUUUUUUCCAUUAAUGAACUGGAUUCUGUACUGAGGAUUUCUACGACUACUUUCAUGAUGGGGACCUUCGAUACAACAUGAAAAAAAAAAAAAAACAACAAAAGGGAGGUUUACACCACGUGCCUGACGUCAACCUCCGCAUGAGGGGAUCUACUCGUGUUUGAGAAGGACAGACAGGUGAUGGCGCAAAGCAGGAAGAAACCUGCUGACAUAAAGGGCUGCGUGGAAAAGCGACACGUGGGCCACCGGGUAGGAAACAUGCUCCACCAUCGCUUUCCGAAUGGCUUCAGCGACCUGCUCAUGGACGAGACCGACCGUGAGGUCAGCACGCUCACUGACCGAGCCUUUCGGAGUCUAUGCGUUGGAGAUGACGCAGUUUACAACGAUGACUUCUUGUACGGAUACUCACCUUUCAGCUGUCAUAAACCGUUGGCAGGGGAGCCGGUUAAAAAAAAUCCCCAAAAGGAAUCCAAAAAGCAAAGGAAAAAUGUCAAAGAGAAAGAGAAAAACAUCUCCAACAUGUCAUCGUUUCUCAAGGCGUUAAGUAACACAGGGGAGAACUGUGAAGGAAUGCUAAUAAAAAAUGCCGACAUGGCAGAUUCCAAUGGGGAAUCAUGGGAUAAAUCUGCGCUCCGCAGUAUCCAAAGAGAACUGUCGGAAUUUUCCUCAGAUUAUCACACCAAUCUCGCUGGUGGACACAAUCAGAAACAUCCUUUGCAUCAAUCUGGGUAUGAAUCAUCAGGCAAGAUUUGUAAAGGUCUGUCUUCUGGAAAACCAACUAAGAUCAAAAACGGGAAAUCCACAGUCAAACUUAAAAAGCUAAAUGUGAAAAACCUUUUCCUUCACAGUGAGUUCAGCCCUUUCCAGACAUGGGAAGGUAUGAACCAAUUCUGUUUUAGCCAUGAGAACACUUCUAUUAUCCCUGCAGAUAUUACCCCGAAAUGGUAUGACCUACCAUUUUACAAGGAGUUAACGGAAGCUCAUAUCAAAGAGACUUUGCAUAGAGAAGAGAUAUUGAAAGAAGCAGGUGAGCCCCCGCCUCCUCCUGCUCCCCCUCUUCCUAGUCUUCCUCCUCCUCCUCCUCCUCCACCUCCACCUCCACCUCUUCCUCCUCCUCCUCCUCCACCUCCUCCACCUCCUCCUCCUCCUGUUGCCCCUAAACCUGUCACUUCCACUUCAUCACCCAAGGUCCUGCCAAAGCCCUCAGUUGUACAGCCUCAGAAAAGGUGCUCUUCAGAUAUAACUGAUGGAAGUGCCGUACCCUGGAGGCAGAAGAAUUUAAGUGUGAAAAAUGCACUUCCACUCAAGCAAGAGGCUCAGGACAAGAGCUCAACAGUGAAAAUUGACAAAAAUGUUUCCCUGAUCACAAAUGUCACAAAGUCUAGAGAAGUGAAAACAGUUGAAGAAGUCAGCCCUUUGGCUUCAACUCCAUUCAGCAUCUGCCAGCUGAUGACGCCCCUCAUUCCCUUGAGACAACCAACAGAAACAUCAGAAAUUCUCUCAGCCAUCCUUUCGCCUUCUGUGCUGGACCUACCCCACAGAGCUCAUUCAGAGGCCAAACUUACACCGGAACCUCCCGUCAAGAGGGAUGGCUACAAAUCUCUUGCCUCUAGCAUCCUCUUUAACCUCAAAGACAACAGGAAGCGAGUCAAAAGUCGGUACAGUCCACCCAAAUUCAAAACUUUAGAAGCACCUGGAAGUGACACCCAAUCUCCACUGUCAGAUAAUCUUAAACAACAAAAUAACUCAGAGGGCGACGCAUCUGGUUUAAGCACUCCUGCUAUUCUAAAAGAAGGUCAGAUGGUAUGCAGUCCGGUUUUAGAGUCUGCCAACCCCCCAACUGCUGGUCCUACAGAGCAUGGAGCUGAUAGGUCCAAGUCUGAUGAUUAUUUGUUAUCCAAUUUGCUACAAAACAAAAGGGAAGCUGCAAGUAAUGGGAAUCAAGGCAAACACAAUGCAAACUCCCUUAUUAUGCAAAGGAACCAAAGUCACAUUGUUCAAAAGCAAAAUUAUCCUUCACUUAAUCUGUACAAGAAAGCCAGCCCUGCUGCAUCAACUGAUUACUCAAAUGAACUUUCACUUCUGAAUCCAAGCAGAGUACCUCCAGGGAUUUCACCUAACAUUAAUCGUGCUCAUUCACCUGUCUUUGUAGCCCCAAAACAUGAUCAGAAAGCCCUUCCAUCAAUUGAACCAAUUAGGAAAGAGCCACCAAAUGUAUCGGACAAAACAAAAAUGCCCGUACAAUCCUUAAAAGAAGAAGACUUUGGAGAAGAAAGAGAUAGCUCUAAAGUUAAGGAUGGCGGGGGCCAAGCUAUGAGCACAAUGGAUGUCAUCAGGGCCGCAAAGGAUGCAAUUAAUGCAACAAAAUAUAAAGCAUUACAUGCAAACCAGUGUGAGAGCAUCAAUAAACCUAUGUCAGAAAUAGAAGAAUUAAAGAACAGCGACAAGUUUGUGUGUUCCAAAGACAUUAUUGAGAAUAGAAUAGACGCAGAAAAUGAUCCAGUCAGAAGUGAGUCAGAAAAUAAUGUUAUCAUAAAGAAGGAUCCACCACCAGUUCCAAAGAAAAACUUUACCAAACCUGAUAUUCAACAUGCUCUGGAUAAAAAGAAAACACCCAUCAGUGAUAAACUUUCUAACUGUGAUUUGGGGGAAACAGCCCCAGAUAACGAAGAGUGGCUAAAGCACAUAUUCUCAGACAGAUUGAACAAUUAUAUUAAAUGUCAGAGGUAUUCUGUAACAGAGGAGGAACACGGAGAUGAUGAAGGUGAUUUGAAGGUAAACCUGAGAAUCGAAAAGGAUACUGCGAGAGAAAGUGAACACAUUAUUCACGACUUGCAUGCUCUGAAAGAGCUCGAGAGGGCCCGACUUUGCGAUCGAGAGAAAAAAACAGGAGUUCCCAACAUAGACGAGGAGGCCAGAGCUAAGAAUGAUUUGAUCUCAAGGGAGUUAAGGAGCAUCAAGAAGGGAAUGCUGUCCAUGAGAGGGAACACUUCAGCUAAGAGGGAAAUAUUUGCCAAGAAAGAGAAGCAGCUGAGUAAGCAGGAGGCUCCCACGAAGAUGGGCGUUAAUGUCAUGAUAAACAAAGCAAUUGUAAAUGACAAUUAUGACAAGGCUAAAUUGGCACUGGAGGAGAUCAUUUUGAGUAGGCAGAUGACAAGGAAUAAAGCCAUGGAUCAGGAUGCCAAUAUGAUAUUUGCAGGAAAUGUUAGUCAUGGAAGUUAUGGCUCAAGGGAACAGGCAAGUAAAAACAUGUUGAAAGAAUCAAUAAUAGAAGCCAAUAAAGACGGAAGCUACAUUGCAGAAAAAGAGAAAGACCUAAGAGAACGGUUGGGGGAUUUGAGUGACCAUAAGAAUAUGAGACAGAUCCUCUCCCAGACUGAACCCAGACAGGGUGAGACCCAGAGAUCUGACCGUAGAGGGGCAGCUCUGCCUAACAUGAGCAAGACUGAUAAUGACUUAAACUCCACUUCAAGGUUGGACUUGAAGCAUGCCAAUGAUAUACUAAUUAACAGUUCCACUCAUUGGCCUGAAAAGGAUCUAAAUUUAAAUCAGUUAUCCGAAAAGACAGCUGAGAGAGAGAUUCCCGAGAACAAACUGUUAGAUACACCCUCUGUUCCUCCUCGAAGUAAAAAAGUAGGAAACAGAAGAAAUGUGAGCAAUGAUAAUGAUAAAGCUCUCUUUAACAGAGAUGAUGUAAAAGAAGCACAGGAAGAGGUAAACAUGGUACAAAAUAUAGCAAGCACAAAAGAUGCCUUGCCAACCAGCUCCAAAGAAGAAAUUAGUGAUGUAGCAAUUAACAAUGCAGUUGCCCCUGACUCAUAUUGGCUUUCCAAACAGUGCCGCGGCGAAAAACGCUAUUCUUUGUUAUCAGACAUAAAAGCAGAUAUGGAGACAAUUAAGACUGGCCUAGAGGAAGCCACAAGCAGCAAUAUUGAGGCCUUCUUAGAAACAGAGAGUGCAACAAUUCAUGUCCUGGCAGAAGAUCUUGAUAAAAUGCUUAAAGACAAGGGUGAUAUGGAUCCAGAGGCUCUCCCCAAGACUAUAAUUUCCCCUGAACUGAUUGUAAAUGGUGUUGACGACCAUAUCAGCCUGUCCUCCAAAUCCUCCUACUUCUCUGUGGAGAGUCCACCACACAGGAAUACCGAGUCAAACGUCUAUCACUCUCUGGAGAACCUGGAUAAGGUUGGGCUGGACAAUAGGGGAGAUCUUGUUCUUGGACCCAUGAAAAAGAGUUCAAACAAGCCAGAUAUGGAAUAUUACUCAUUUGGUGAUCUGGAAGGUGAGUCAGAGUUUGUCAAGCAACCAGUAAAGUCUGAAGAAGAGAAAGAUGCCCACAAGGGAAGCAAACAAAGUACCGGUGAAUGUCCUAGCCCAUCCCAAGAUAAAGAUAUCCAAACAGCAAUGUUACCAUCUAACAUGUUUGCUCCUACUUUGGAUAUCCCAGCUUUGUUUAAAAUCAAAGACAACACUUUCAGUAAUAAAUUGAAGAAGACUAUACAAUCCUGGACACCACUGGGCCUAAUGAAUAACUCAGAGAAGGAACACGAGGACUUGCAUCUACUAAAUGAAAAUCCAGAGCCACCAUCGGCAAAUGAAACAGUUCCCUCAGUUGUAAGUGAAGUCUACAAGCCUAAAGAGAUUUUGUCAAACGUCUCACCACCUCCACUGUUCCCUCCAUUGGUUCCGCAAAAGAAUAACUCAAAGAAACCCAGUGAAGGAGGACUCCCUGCUCCUCGAAAGGAGGAUGACAGUAUUUCUCUGGUGAGUCCCAUAUCCAAAGGCAUGGAGACUUUGACAAUGCCGGCAGCAGAGCGGGACAUAUCAAAGGUUCCCAGUGAACGCUCCGGGUCCACUUGCAGUUGUAACGACAGCCAGUCUGGGUUUGGCAAACCUCCAGCUGUCUUACCCAAAUCAGAGCGGGCUGUUCUCAAAGCUAUGAAGCUGACGAACCGACGGAUAAAAAAGGAGGAGGGACAGAAGUCAACUCCGAGCAGAAACAAAAGUGAGAAAUCUGAGUCGAGGAGCGGUGAGAAAAAGCAUCAUAGAGAAGGUCAUAAAAAUGAUGGAAAGAGCAAUGAUGAUGAGCAUCCUCAGAAAAAAGCAGUAAUGAGCCAGAGGACAAGAAGAUCAAGCCAAGAUUCAGUAGAAAGAAAUUACCUCAACAAUGGACUUGCAAAUGAACGAGGCCGCAGUAGUGUCAGACAAACCCGAGAUAAACCAGACCAAAGACACAACAGCAGCGAUAGGCUUAUCAGUAAUGUUCCUGUGUACAAACCCCACAUUGGUGAGAGACCAGUGCCCAACACUCGCUCGCAAAGCAUCGACAGAUUCUUAGGGGACAGAGUGGGGCGCAGGUGUAGCACCGGCACGUCUGUCAAUGAGCGGCACGACCCGAGAAGUAUGCGCAUUGAGAGAUCCAUCAUGGACGAGUUUCAGCAGCGAGGCCGAGCCAGAGAGAAAAUGAGCAGAGAGAAACCGAGAAGGAGUCAGAGCAUUGACACGUACUGCUUGCAGGCCCCUCAGCCGCCGAGCUUGUCCCGCCAGUCCAGCCACACCAGCCAACUCUCUCGCCAGUCCAACAUUGAACACGCCAUCGUCACGCAGUCCUUCCCCAUGACCCAGCGAAAGCUCCUUCAGGAUCCAGAGUCAGGACAGUAUUAUUUUGUAGACAUGCCCGUCCAAGUCAAAACAAAAACCUUCUUUGAUCCUGAGACGGGAAGCUACGUGCAACUGCCAGUCCAGCCCCCAGACGGCGCUGUUCUUCAAGCAUCACCCAUGGAAGUCUUGUCCACGCCCCUGGUAGUUUACCACGGCUUUGUCCCAGUGCCUCUGUCCCCCAUGGGCCAGAACACUACCAUUCAAGUACCUCACAUGGCGCAAGAAGAGCUACGGCACUUGGACAUGUCGAGGCAAAUCCAAUGCAAGGAUGGGCAUCCUUAUUUGGAGCCUGUCUAUGGGCAGCAUGAACUUGUGCUUGGCGAAUUCCUUGGCCCUGAGGAAGUUGAUUGUCCCAGUUGAUAGGAUCAGGAAUGUUUUUGCACAUAAAUAUAUAUUUUUUUCACCGGAUCAGCCUUAUUUCGGUAGUAUUUUAUUUUAUUUUUUUAAUGGAUUUGAAGUUAGAAUAAUUGUGUUUACAGCUGGUGCUUUGUCUUUGGUUGUCUACUUUUCCUAUAUUAUUUAGUUACCUUUUCACUCUCCUUUGUUUUUUCUGUUACCCCCCUUUAAAAACUUUGUUGUGUUCAAAUGAACAACUGUAAUUCUCAAUAAAUAUCCAUCAGAAUACAAAGAAACCACAGUGGCAGUUGAAAAAGUCCACUGUGACACAAUAAAACUGUUCCGGCAUGAAAGGGAUACAGAGCUUCCUUUCUGCUUGACCUAACAGCCGAACAGGACAAAAAAAAAAAAGUUAGAAUAAACAUACAAUUGAUGGAUUUGAAUCUUCUUUGAUUCUUAUGUAAGUGCAAAAUAACAUGUCUUUUGACUUGUUCUAUACCAAAUUAGUCUAACACAUAACAGGGACAUCUUUGUCCAUCCACCCAUUUUCUAUAAUGUUGGUCCUCAUUAGGGUCAUGGGUUAGCUGUAGCCUAUCCCAGCUGAUUUUGUGCGAGAGGCACAUUACACACUUGACUGACUGGUGACCAGUCAAUUGUUGGGCAUGUACAGACAAAUAACAAUAAAAGUCUAAGGAAAAUCCAGAGUCAAUUUAGAGAACAUGAAUGAGGCAGCCACAGUAGGCUGGAGCCAAGAUUUGAACCCCGAUACUCAGAACUGCGAAGCACAUGUGCGAACCACUAUUCAACUGUGCUGUUCACAUCUUCGUUAUAAAGUAUAAAUAUUUGUUCAGAGUUUAAACACCUCCCUGAGCUGUCAUUUUCUCAUUUACUUAUCUUUUUGCUCUAUAACUUGAAUAUACACUGAAAGGAGCAGAAUGACAUGUUAUGUUAUGCUUAAUAUACAGUACUGUAAAUUGAAGGAUUUAGAGAAUUAGUCUUUUUUAAAGGUGGUAUUGACAAUGUAUUACUAUGUAAAAAGACAAACGCUUGAAUGUGAAUGUGGAAUAUAUAUUAUAAAAACAGUGUGUUAUUAAAGUAUGGCACUGAUGGGAGUUACUUGUAAAAUGAAAUUGUAUUUUAUUUACAGCAAUGUUUAAAAUGUUUUUCAUCAUUUCAAGUUUGCAGCUUCUUCAAAGAAACUGCAUAGGAUUCAGAAUGAACCCAACUAAAUAUCAAAACCUUUUGCAUGCUGAUGGGGAAUAUAUUUGAGAACCAUGCAAAUCUCAUUUAACGUGUCAAGCUGAGCUAGUAUUUUCACCGUGUGUGUUUGUAAAUAAGCAGACAACAUGAAUAUGAGGUGGUUUUGCAAAACAGUCUGACUAUUUUUUUUUUUUGAAUUAGGAUGAACCAGGGCUGCAUAAACCGGGCUGAAUUCUGUAUGUAAUCCAUUCCAAUAAAAAAAAAGAGCAGAGCA